UCUGUUUGUAAAGAUGGAAUUAUUUAAAUACCACCACAGCCUGGCAUGUUUCCAUUCUAAGCCCAUAUUGCUAUGAGAGCUAGCAGGAGAAAAUCUCUUGAAUUGAACAAGAGAUCUGAUCCUCUUAAAUGACACAUGAAGCAGCUUUUACAAAGAGAGGAAGCUGUAGCUAAUCCCACAGAUUCAGUGAGGGAGGCUUGAAGGGGUUAAAGUGAAAGGCUUGUACAAACUUUGCUCUCGCAUCUCCUCCCUCCCUCUGGGGCUCCACACCGCUCAGGCAAAGCUGAGCUGAGUGGAAUCGUCACCUUUCCUGCAUUCGCUAAACUGUUGCCUGCAAAGGAGGAACCAGGGACUUAACAUAGUCGGGCUGCUUCUAUUCAAAUGUUCCAAGAGGGCAUAUACCCAUCCAGAGACUUCUCAAUGCUCUUUGCAGCUUAGAAGAAACGGACAUCAGAAACUGCACUCUGACGCCAUAUUCCAGAGAUGCUCCUGAACAAGUCGUCUGCUGGUGCGAGCUUCCAAGGGGGUAUUUAAAUAGCCAAACCCAUUGAUUCUGUGACUCAGGAAAGGAAAAUUAAUCUGUGAAGAAUUUUAACAGUCAAAAUCUCUGAGCCCUGGCCUAUUGUCAACGUUUCUGAGACCUCCUCCACCUGAGAACCCGCACGUCUGACAACACUUCCCCUGCAGCCUACAGGGAGGGAUGUCAACAAUGCUGUAAACAAUUCAUGCCCAUAUUCUUAUAUCCUUCAAGCUUGGCAUCUGGGCAGGAGUAUUACAAUCUCCAGCCUUAGGGAAGAUUGACAAAGUCAGGCAAAAGGGCUGGAAACUCAGAUAUGCUGAGCCAGAGAUAUACAAAAGUCUUUAGCAACUCGCCUCACAGAAGAACCCAAUUAAAUCUACACCAUUAGUCUGCAGAUCUAGCUGAAUUGUGGAUAAAAAGGAGCCUUUUCUCCUUCUACUAAAACAAAACAAAAACCCCUCAGAAGUCUAAUAUAAUACCGUAAGAGAUUCUUGUCUCCAUGCCAGUAUUAUAAAGCAGUUUCACCAUAUUUAUUUAUUUUCACCAGUGUAAGAUUAAGAGUGUGAAAACUGACUAUUUAUUUACUUACUGUCUAAACUGACUAAGAAGUUCUGAUAAACUUCUUUGGGAGGGGUCUGCUUGCUAGAGGCAGGGAAGUGCAACAAUUGGCAAUUUAGAAGACCACUCACUGCCUUCUUGCUUAUGCACCACUGAUUUUGGUCUGUAUCAUAUUGUUAAAACACCACCAAUACAUUCGCAGACAGGCUAAGUUACUGUGGAAUGCCUCAAGGGCAAUAGAAAUCAAAUAGAAGCAAAUAUCAACUCAAGUCUUGAGUAAUGACGGAGGUGCAUUUUAAGUAUCAUGGAAAUCUCACUGGGCGGGCUCAUUUUCCCACUCUGGCAACAGAGGUUGACACCACUUCAGACAAGUAUUCCAACCUGUACAUGUAUGUAGGAUUAUUUCUGAGCCUCCUGGCCAUUCUUCUCAUCCUGCUCUUCACAAUGCUUCUUCGGCUCAAACAUGUCAUCUCACCCAUCACCGAGAGCACAGAAAGUGUUCCUCAGUUCACAGAUGUAGAGAUGCAAAGCCGAAUUCCCACUCCGUAAGUCAGAAUGAUGGUGAGUCUCAGCCAAUAUGAGCAAACCCCUGGGGUGCUGAUGCUCAGGAAGGCUUUCUUUUUCAUGUGAGGCUUCGCAUGUAACAAGCUGCUCAUGUUUUCUGUUCUUCAUUCUUCAUCUUGACUGUGCUUAUGGGACAUCUAAGAGGCUUAAGAGUCAUUCUUUUUAAAGGAAUAUGGGAAAUUGCAGCUGGUUGGGCUGGCAGGUUUCCAUAGUAACCAAAGAGAGCCUGAGCCUUGAACAAACCUCAGACCACAGAAAUUCAUAGGCAGCAGUUGUUAAAACACAAGAUCUCUGGAAGCUGCAAGAGCAAACAAGAAUUUACCUUAAGAUGUUCUGAGAACUCCCAAGAAAUGGCAGGCUUUAAUUUAUUACUUUAGCCCUAAAGAAUUACUUCAUACAUAACACAGAUAUUUCCUGACAUGGAGCUUAAUCAUGCCACAGGUGAAUGGAAGAGAUUAUUAAUCUUUCCUCAAAAGAACAAUGCUUUAAUCAUCAUAGGUCAUCAGGUUUCUCCCAAAUGAAAGAGAUUUAAAGAACCUUUUAUUAUUUAAAGAGAAAUUUUGCAGAAAGUUUCUGGUGAGUGAGAAAAAUGUGCAUAUUAUAUCUGUGUUAUUACUAUUACUGGACCUUUAAAAAUGCAGAUAAUGGCAGAUGUAUUACUACAAUCUGGGACAAUGAGCUGCCUCCAAAUCAAAGAAAAAUUAAGUCAAACUUUUCUCAUAAGGAUUUCUACAUUAUACGUGCAAGCUUCCAUGUCUUUGACUCCCUCCUUAUCGCAAACCAGAAUUGAGUUGCACAUAAAUAUGAACUUGAUUUGAAGGCUGACUUGGCAAAGAAGACACAAGUGUAUUUAAAAGCAGAAAUGAAACGAUCUUGGGAUUCUGUUACUGAGUGAUUGUGACUUUGACCAAAACAUGCCAGCUUUCUGGGUCUCGGAUUUUUCUCGUUGAAAACUGUUCAGAGAGCUAUUUCAUUAUGACUUUUCAGAUAUGAAUAUAAGACACACACAGACUAAAGGGGAUAGGACUAAAAGUUACCCUGCAACAAGUUCUUAAUAAGGUCAAUGUCCUCAAAUGUCACAUUUGUCUUUCCCAGAAAAUGCUCCUUCUUUCCUUAUCCCUGCCAAAAACUGAAGUGUUUCACUUACUAUCUAUAAGAGAAAUAUAUUUUGAAAAUUUCCAUUCUCAUGAGUAGCUCUAGUGUGCCAGUAAUGGAUAAUUUAAUUAAAAAAAAAACUUGACUUUUCAAAGUGAAACCAAAGGAGACAAGUGGCAUUUACAAAUUAGAAGUUGCAAAAUUGGUCGUAUUCUUGCCGCCAAAGAAAUGGUAUACCUGUCUUAGAAUUUUACCUGCUCACAAAAAAAAAGUUGCCCCUUGUAAUUAAAGCAUUGUCAUUAAAUUUCAUGGAAUCCCCCUUGGGAACUGAGGUGGUUGUGCAAAAAUGGAAUGGAUGUGAAAUUCAUGGCACCUGUGCCAGGCAUAUAUUUCUCUAUAGUCUGCAACCAAUUUAGAUUGGCCCCUUUACUGUGAUCUAAAUCUAGCAUGGUGGUGAAAUUCCCAAGUGCUUUCUACUUUUAUACAUAGUCAUUUGCCAAUGCUCCCCUCUCCAAGGGGCUGCACAGCGUGAAAUCCCCACAUGCAGAGCUAAACUUAGCAGCAAGGCUGACUGCCACACCUGUUACAACUGUGCACUGUCAGAGAUAGCAGCUGCAUUCUGCACCAUUCAGAAGACAUUAGCAGGUAACCUAAGACUUGGAUAGGACUUUGGGCUUUAUAUUUUCCAAAAUGCAAAGUCACUCUUACAGGAAUACAUAUUGGUGGUUUAAGUUGUGUCUAUAUUCAAUACUUAGACUCCACGGACUUUUUUUAAUGUUUUUACUCUUAACCACACAUGGGCUUCCCCAAGGAGGGCAAUAUACCCAAGAACUUAAGGACGCAGGUAUCCAGUCAUUCCAGGUUCUCCUUUUUGUGCCCACAGUAUUUGAAUGCACUUUACCAUAGAGAAGUCAGUGGCUGGAUAAAUAUUGGAUCUGGCUAUACUUUCAACAGCAGUGAACAGCAAGUUCCUCAAUACCUUGUUGCUGAAGCUAAUGGAGACACAGCCUUCCCGUUACCUAACCACCCCAACACAAAUUGCAUAAUAUUAAAACUGCUUUGGAAGUACUACCUUGGGUGAUGAUUCCUAAUUUAUGAUCAGGUUGCUCACCAGGAAAACAACCACGCUCUUUCAUCACAACAACCCCUGUGGGAUCCAUGUCUUAACUGAGCAUGAACCAAGGCACACAGCAGAGAUUACAUCAAAAUAGCAACAUAAUCCACCACAGUUCUCAGUGAUAUAAGAUAAAUGGAAAUGCAUUUAAACAGAUGUGUCAUUAUGGUAACUCACAUGGUAUUUAAUGUUUAAGAAAUAAACUGAAUGUUUUCAUGACAGUGAAGGAAAAAAAUCUCCAUUUCUGUUAAGUAUGUUAUAUCCUUGAAUGUAUUAAUUAGCAUAUUACUGCUUUAAAAGUCAGCUGUAAUAACCAAUGGGCAUAAUUUGAAUUUAUUUUUCUGUGCAAAAUACAGACUUGACAAUUCCCUGCCCCACCCCAUUCUCCCUCAAAUUGCAUGUGAGCUGGGAUAUGAACAGGUAGGUCAUUUACAUGUAUGUAUACUUUAUUUUAAGAAAAAAAUUUUCAUUUUUUAUUGGAUCAUAUGUAUAUAAAAAUGCUUAUAUAUCAACAAUUUCCUGCAGUGUAACUUAAUACAAAGACCACAUGAAUUUUCCAAAAUGGUAUCUAUUAAUAUGGGCACUACUAAAGAUAUACAAUUGUAUAUAGUUCAGAAUCAUUAGUCAUAUGAAACAAGUCGUAUUGCAAAGGGUUAUGCAUCAUAUUUUGGACAACAAAUGUCAAUGUUAAACAAGUAAAGAUGGAUUUAUCCAGUCUAACCUUUCUAUCCAUGCCAAACUAAAAAUUUUGGACUUCAAUACCUAAUUUUGAAUGUAUAGAUCCCACCAUACUUACUAAGUAGGUAUAAGUGGUCCAUUUAAUACAUUUAAAUGGUUUUAUAUUAAGUAAUACAUUCUAUUCACCUGUAUUUGUACAAAAUAACUUUGUUUUUUACAAAAAUGAAUAAUUAUGUGGGAAAAUUGGGAAUUCUUUGGUUUUAACUCAUUUAUAUUUGAAUUAGAUUCAUAUUGUAUUCAAACGGAAUCAUAUUUAUAUUAAUAUUCAGCAUGUCACUUUGAUCCCUGGAUAAUAAACGCUGACUCUUUUGUUUGCUGUUAACAAA